AUGGCUGAGGUGAUGAUGGUGCCCAGCUCCAACGGCUGCGGCGGGGGUGGUGCUGGGGGAAGCGAGGGGAAGGCGGAGGACGGGCAGCAGGGGCAGGGGCAGGGGCAGGGACAGGGGCAGGUGCUGGCGCUGGUGCUGGCCGCGCUCCGCAAGUCGGUGGUGCUGCCGUGCCAGAUGGUGGACGCCGACGACCCAGCGGGCGCGGCCUGGGGGAUGGAGAUCGGCUGGCCCACCGACGUCCGCCACGUCGCGCACGUCACCUUCGACCGCCUCCACGGCUUCCUCGGCCUCCCCGUCGAGUUCGAGCUCGAGAUCCCCGGCCAGGUCCCCAGCGCCAGCGCCAGCGUGUUCGGGGUGUCGCCGGAGUCGAUGCAGUGUGGCUACGACGACAAGGGGAACUCGGUGCCCAAGAUCCUUCUGCUCAUGCAAGAGAGGCUGUACGCCCAGGAUGGACUCAAGGCAGAGGGGAUCUUCCGGAUCACCCCAGAGAACAGCCAGGAGGAGCAUGUCAGGGAGCAGCUCAACAGCGGCAUCGUGCCUGACGACAUCGACGUGCACUGCCUUGCCAGUUUGAUCAAGGCCUGGUUCAGAGAACUCCCUGAGGGUGUGCUUGACAGGCUCUCACCUGAGCAAGUCCUUCACUGCAACACAGAGGAGCAAUGCAUUGAGCUCGUAAAGCUUCUUCCUGCAACCCAGGCUGCACUUCUUCAUUGGGUCGUUGAGCUCAUGGCUGAUGUUGUUGAGGAAGAGGAGUCAAAUAAGAUGAAUGCAAGAAAUGUUGCCAUGGUUUUUGCACCCAAUAUGACACAGAUGUCCGAUCCUCUGACAGCUCUGAUGCAUGCUGUUCAAGUCAUGAACUUGCUCAAAACCUUGAUUCUCAAAACACUUCGGGAACGCGAGGAUGAUGAUGCAGGAGCCUAUUCGUCAUUUUCAUCUUCGUCAUCUUUAUCUGAUGAACUUGAUGAGGAGGAUGACCAUGACCAACAGGAUGAUGAAAAUGAUAGUGGCAGUGAGAACUAUAAUUGCAGUGCUAACGAAAGACCAAAAGAUACUGACAAGGCCGCUGCACUAAGAGUAGACAAUGAGCAGCUGAUUGGUGUGUCCAGGAGGCACACAUCAACCAAUUGUCAUUUGCCUUACGUUAGAUUCAGUAACGACAAUGAAGACGUGUCACUGGAUGAUAUUGAGGAAUGCUUCUUAAGAAGGCUAGAAUGGAAAUCAGUGAGGGAAAGUGUUGAUGAAGGCGACAGCAGAAAUUCUCCUCCCUCAGAGAAAGAGGUGGAGUGGCUUAGCUCCUCUGAUUACAUAACGGAAGGUAGUAACACAAUUGGCGAAGAAAGAGGCAGAACAAGCAAUGCCACUGAUGUAAGUAUCAAUGAGCUGAGGCAAACCGAAAUCAGAACUGAAAUGACGAGUGCAGAGGUAAGAAGUGCUGCAAAAGGGGAGCUUAUUCUUUGCUCGUAA